UGUGAUAAAAACACAGGCCGAGGCAGGUCUUGUCCUUGUCAGCUCAAUUGGUCCCACAGUGGAAAAGCAGCUGGUGACUCGCCUCCUCAGGCUAUAAGGCGGAGCUACAAAAGCAAAGCUCUGUAGCAAGCAAAACUCUGCACAGCGGGAGAACUACCACCAGACCUGAUACUGGCUCUCACAGAACAGGACAUACAACCUGAAGGACUUUGGAAACUAGAUACACACGGUGGAACUGAAAGAGGAAUUCCAAAACUUGAAAGAGGAUUACAACAGAGGACACUAACGCAACUUGUCGUUGUAGUGUGUUUUUUUUUUUUUUGUUUUUUUUGUGUGUGUUUGAGCGGGAGGCUUUGAGUGUGAAGUGACUUCCUUGACAGGUCAGAAAAGAGCACAAACAUGAUGAACUCCACUUUCCAGAAAAUUGAGGACUGUGAAGCCACAAACAAGGCUCUGUACAAAUUCUACGCGGCUAUCAUGAUUAUUAUCGUUCUCCUGGCCUUGCCCCUGAAUGCAUCUGUCCUCCACCUCUUCAUAUUCAAGAUGAAAUUCUGGAAAUCCAACACCAACAACAUCUUUCUUUUCAACCUCGUGCUGGCGGACAUUCUCCUGCUCUUCUGUUUGCCCAUAAAGGCGUACAACUUCAUCCAAGGGGAGAGGAGGAGUACGAACGACACAGUGUGCAAAGCUAUGCUCUUCAUGUUGUUUUUGAACCGAGGAGCCAGCAUUGCCUUCCUGACGGUGACCUCCAUCGAUCGAUAUUUCAAUGUGGUACAUCCUGGUCGAAAGAAUCUCUUAAAAGCUCUCAAGAAAUCUCCUCACAUCUCCAUUCUCAUCUGGCUGCUUCUUCUGCCUCUCACCAUUCCCACAAUGUUGAAGACCUUCGAAUGCUGCAACAGCCACAAAUCCAGUGACGAUAGCGAAGAUACCUUGAUCAAGGACGUGAUUGACAGUUUGCGAGAAGUGGUCUUCUUUACCCAGAUCGUCAUCCCCUUCAUCAUCCUGGUCUACUGUACAGUGCGUAUUAUCAACCGGCUCAGGAAGAAGACAGUUGGCGACAGAACCAAGCUGAAGAGAGCUGUCUUUUUGGUGACCUCUGUCAUGGUGGUCUUCUCUUUUUGCUUCCUGCCCUGCGCUAUAGGCAGGAUGGUUCUGCUGAUCGUCCGGGUCCAAGUCGAAAAUGAAUCCAUCCAGGAUAAAGCUGCUGUGGCCUUUGACGGCCUCAUGGUGCUCUCCUACAUGGACUGUCUACUGGAUCCGCUAAUCUACUGCUUCUGCAGCACCAAGUUUAAGGCUAUUUAUCUCUCCAAUUAUUUCCCAUUCUUAGUGAAAGAUGUAUCAAUUCCAAUAGACAGUUCAACUGGAAACUCAACACACCCUACACAAAAUACUGUCAUUUGAAAAUCAUGAGAAAAAGAUGCUGGAUGGUGAGUGUACAUGCUACACAGUAGAGAGCGAUAGUGUUUCCCAACAAUGUACCUACUUUAGAAAAGAUGACUCGGAAGGUCAAGUGCGCUAUGAAGACAAGACGAACAAUGAAUAUUUAUAUUUCUAUUUUCUAUUAAUGGAAAUAUACAUACAUUUGUAAAUAUGGGGGGUUGUUACGGUUUGUCCAAAAUGUUCUUCAGUAUUGUAGAUAUAAUGUCUGAACAGUCACAAAAUACUUUAAAUUCAUAUUUUAUAUUUUACGUUUUAAUAGUUUUUGCUGGAAGCAUCUGGCAGAUCAAAUCGAACCUUACGGUGGGCCAGCUUUGGCCUGCAGGCUUUACUCUGGGCAGCCCUGGUGCAGAAUAUAUUGGUGGACAUUAGAGUUUUUGAAGGGGAAUGCCCAUGAGCUAAAGCAUGCACAUCUGUCUCUCUGUUUGUCUUGCACAGCAAAAAAUAGUUUAAAAAAAUAGAGUAAUGACCAUAAAAUAUCCUGUCAAGUGUUGGAGGCAGAAAAAGAAAAAAAAAGAAAGAACAAGAAUCUUUUUGUCAGAUCGUACCAAUCUCACACAUCAGUUAAGGCUGAGAACAUGUAGCCCUGCCACCUCAAAGUGUUUAAAUCUUGUCAAAUCUUGUCUUGUCUUUUUUUUUUUUCAAUGAAAGUGCAGAUGUCGAUAAACUCAGGGAACUCAAAGUGGAAACUAUACUCUCCAGAGGUUUCACAGUUAUGAUGGACAGUACUCACUGGCGUGGAUUUCUUCAGCAUGUAACUGACCCCAAAAUAGAUACACAUUAGGCCAAUGGUCAGUCCCCUAUUACACAAGACUUAAUCCUAAAGGACGCUAAAGGAAGCUGAUCAUUAUUGAUUUAUUAUCAUUAUUGUAUAACUGUUGAUACUGCUUGGGGAACAAUAUGAGUGUAAUUUUACUGUACAUAUUUUCUGCCUGGGAUAUUAUCCUGGAAAUGAAUUUGUACUCAAAAUUACAGCAAACUGUUUUUCUCAUUAUGUUACCAGCCCCUCCACAAACUCCUGGAGAUUUUUAGGUCCCACUUUGACAACCACUGAUCCACCAACUAAACGACAUGCACCAAAAAGGUAAAAUUCUCCUGAACCCCCCUUACAGCAUAAAUCACGAAUCAUGUCCGUCAUCAGACACUGAUAACACUGAAGUUCCACAGUACCUGAGUGAGUCACUGAUUGAUCUCGCUCACCUUGAUUAUGUCAUCAUUAGUAACAAUACAGUGAGUUAGGUCACUGUCUGUUGGUCACUGUCUGGCUAUCAACACAUAUGCAUAUUGCUCAUUUGAGUAUUCAAGCAGCUGAUGUCUGGUGAUUCUGAGUUUAACUGAAUGUCACUUUUACUCAUGUCUCCGUCAAAUAUGAAUCACUGUUUACCACAGAAUAUGUCAUUGCUUUGUAUUUGUCACAGCAUUGUUUGAGAUCAUGAGUGUGCAGUUCAACAACAUAUCUGCAGUGUGGAAUAUUAGGCAACUGUCUUGUCCAGCUCAAGUUAUUAUACAAUUGAAUUAAUGGCAUAAAAGAGUUUGAGAAAUAAACGAAGGGAGGACGAUCCUCAGCUCUAAACUCUGUAGAAGCUUUAUAUUCAUUUAUUAAUGUGGCUACAUGACUAAGGAUAAGACCAAUGUAAACUGACUGAACAAGGAAUAAUUGUAUCUGUACAAAAUGUGAGCAACAUUUAUCAGCUCUUAAAUGUCACAUCUGCACAAUUAUCAAUUGAUUAGAGGUGCAUGAAAACUGCAGAUGUUUACCGAGUAAACAGAGGAAAAUACUGGUCCUAAGGUCAUAUAUUGUACAUAAAAGGAUGUCAGAGUUUAUAAGCAAACACCAGUGUUGCUUUUGUGUAGUUUGACAGUCAGAUGUGAGGAUUUAUCUGGACAGAGCUGUAUGUGCACACUUUUAUGUGUUGACAGUUUAUACCAUGUGUUUGUCUGUGAUUCCUCCAUGCAGUCAUUACCUACUCUUUUAAAUUAUAGCUUUCUGUAAAUUCACCUCUCAAAAUUACUUGGGAUGCAGGCAUUUUAACAGGUCAAACACAGGAGCACCUGACAUGAGUGCAGCAUUAUUCCUGUUGUUUAGGAUUAUUAAAUGUUUGACAGUGCCAUUUGUUUGGUUAUAAAGAUUUUUAAAGUACUGAUUAAAAUGUUAAUGUUAUCAUGUGUUAUUAUGCGGCUACUCAGUAGGAUUUAUAACAGCUUCUCAUUUUUAUGUGAAAGAAGGAAAUGUGGCUUCAAACAUCUUCUGAAUUCCUAUGAUUAAUAUAUGUAUAUAUUUACAUAAUGUGGUCCUUAAAAUAUAUGUUUUUGUUGUUUUCUAUUUUGUUAUAGUUGUCCCAAGCUAUGUGUUAUCGUCCCAGCAACACAUGAUGCCAUUUGAGUGAAGCUGUCUACAGGAUUGUACUGUGUGUCAUUUUGGUAGCAUAAUGUAUCACAGAGCAGGGAUCACAUCCGAAGACCAACUCAACAUUUCAUGACUGUUUCACAAGUGGCAUUAAAUACUCGCCACAUCUUUUAUGUGUUUGUCCUACUGCUGUAAUAUGUGAAUGUGUAAAUACAUUUUUUUUAUAUUUUUGA